AUGGUUUGCUGUGAUUGUCCUAUCACGAAUGUUCUCAUCAUCGGAGGAAUCGCCUACUUCAUCUAUAAGAUGUUCAUACAAUCAACUCCUCGAAUUUCGUCAAAACCAGAGGUUCGCAAGAAGGAUUACAAGAAGGACACCGUCUAUUUGUAUCAGUUCCCACGUGUCAAGAAUUGCCCGAAUCUGUCUCCAUUCUGCUUGAAAAUCGAAAUUCUUUGCAGAGCAUUUGGAAUUGAUUACGAAGUAAUCAAUGUGGUCAGACAACGAUCUCGUAAUGGAACAUUGCCAUUCAUCGAACUCAAUGGAGAGCAUAUCGCUGAUUCUGAUUUGAUCGAAGUUCGCUUAAGAGAACACUUCAAGAUUCCCAGUUUGCCGCCUGCCGAGGAAGCUCAUGCCGUUGCAAUUUCUCGAAUGGCCGACAAUCACCUCUUCUACUUGGGAAUUGUCUUCAAAAUUCAAUGCGAUGAGUUUCACAAAAUGAUUAUUAAUAUGGUUGAAAUGCCGUCAUUUGUUAAGUCUGCAGUUGGUCCGUUGGUGAAGAGGAGGUUUUCAAGCAAGGUUUAUGCUCGUGCCAAGGCUGCCAUCGGUGAUUUUGAGCCACACGAAAGAGAAAUGUUGCUGAAGCGAGACCUCAAGGCAAUUGAGGACUCGAUAAAAGGCAAAUUCCUGUUUGGUGACAAAAUCGCACCAGUCGAUGCUACCGUUUUUGGACAACUCGCCAGCGUCUAUUAUCUAUUCCCAACUCGUUUUUCUGAAAUUUUGGAUGGAGAGUUCCCAAAAAUCGUUGAGUACAUGGAUCGUGUGAAGAACGAAAUCUACCCUAAUGACUUUAUUUCUGAAUAA